AUGGACAUUUCGGAGCUGCACAAGCUGGCGUUCCUGAGGGUGAAGCAGAUGGAGCCGCAGAACGCCGGCAAGAUCCUCGGCUGCAUCCUCCUCCGGGAGCCCGACGACGACGAGAUGGUGCAGCUCGCCUACGGCAACGACGCCGCGGUGCACGCCAAGAUCAGCGACGCCAAGGCCACGCUCGCCGCCAUCUACGCGCGCUGCUCCGCGCACCACCACCACCACCACCACCACCAGAUGGGCGCCGCUGCCGCGCACAGGGCCUCCGCCGCCGCCGGGUACCACCCGGCCGGCGCGCGCCACCACUUCGCCCCGGCGGCCACAGCCGCCGCCUUCGGCUUCCACUACUGGCCGGAGCACGCGGCGCCAGUGCCCAAGGCGCAGCAGGCGGAGGACUUCUCGCUCGUGGACGCCGCGGCCGCGGCUGCCGAGGGCCACUACGCAUUGAUGCCGCAGCAGCAGCAGAACCACAACGGCCUCGUCGACGACCACCAGCACAACUACGCAGCCGCCGCCGGAGGGUACUACUACGCCGCCGCCGAGGACGCGUUCCACAAUGGCGGCGCCGGCGCCGGCGCCGGCGGGGGCCUGCCGCCGAGGGCCGCGGCCAGGCGCGCGAACGGCCUGUCGACGCGGCGCCCCUGUCACUACUUCACCAAGGGCAAGUGCAAGAACGGCCAGAACUGCCACUACUCGCACCACCACCACCACCAGGUCUACUCCGCCACUGACGGGUUCGCCGACGACGGCCACCAAAGCGGUGGCGGCGGCACCACACCCGGCGCGCUGGAGAAGCUGGAGCUGGAGAUCAUCGAGCUGCUCAACUCGCGGCACGGCCAGCCGCUGUCCAUCGCGUCCCUGCCCACGCUCUACGGCGAGAGGUAUGGUCCGGUGCGUGACGUGAGGAUCCCAUGCCAGGAGAGGCGUAUGUUUGGUUUUGUGAGCUUCCAGAACCCGGAGACGGUGAGCACCAUUCUCAUGAGGCGCAACCCACAUUUCAUCUGUGGAUCAAGGGUCCUUGUUAAACCCUACAGAGAGAAAUCCAAGUGCAUCGAACGGACGUGCGUGGACAAGAUGAAGCCGAUGCAGUACUACCCUACCCGCUUUGUCGAGAUUGAUGAUCAUCCCAAACUUUUAUCCAGGAUGGUGAGAAAGCAACUAGCAGAGAAGUGGGAGAGGAUGAUCGAGCUCGAGAGGAAGCGCUUCACGGGUGCAGUCAGGCUCGACUCGUCGCCGCAGCAAUAUGCCUACUUCGAUUGCAGCAUUGGGGACGAUGGUGUGAAUCCCCUCAAUUGCCUCCCGGCAUCAGAUUCCAAAGACGAUGUCGACCAGCUGAUGGACCAUCCCCUCAUGACGCCAGAUUCCUUGGAAAUGGUCUCCACGAGCCAAGCUCCCCAAACACAGUCAAGCAACAACUACGAUGACAAAGAGAGCAAUCAGAUCGAACUCCUCCCAGAAAGUCCAUUCGCAACAGCCGUGCUGGGUGGAAACAACAUAUCCACAAUCAUGUAA